CAAACUUGGUAUAUCGAUAGUUGUCGCCUUACUUCCCAAAUCCAUUUCCAAAUUGUUAUUAUUGAAAUAAUUUAAAAAAUGAUCGGUAGACUUUCUUUUUGGAACAAGGACAACGGUUCCAACGAGGUGGACUGCUUGGCCUGCCGUCUGGUCAGUGGCUUUGGACUCCUGGGAAUCGGUGCCUUCCUAUUGGCACAGUCGAAAAAGAGGCGAUCGAAACCUCUGGAGAAUUUCACUAUGAAAGGCUUAGCUGCAGCCGUUGGAGUUCUGGGCGUGGCCCGCCUGGCAGACGCGAAAUUCCUGAAGGCAACCGCCGUGGAGCCAAAGGAACAGGAAAAUACUGGCACUGAUCAUCAGUUCUUUUCUAGACGUUAAUUCAAUUAGUUUUGAAUUAUAAUCGUAGACUCGUUAGCUAUAUAAAGAUUAAUUUAUUCUUUUGUACGACCAUGUGGCAAUAAAAUAAUAUAGCUGUAA